AUGUUUAAUGUGGACAAAAGCGAGACUUACUUUCCAUAUAUAAAUAGGAAUUGUGAUGCUGCGAAUAAGUGUCAGACGGUGAAGGUUCAAGUCUCAGAUUCUCCCCAAAAUGUUCAAGUUGUCAUAUCUAAUGGGAGAAAAGAAUUUAUAGAAGGUGAUAAUGUGACUUUAUCCUGUGUUUGUGAUGCCAACCCUGCUGCAAAUAAUUUCACCUGGUAUAAUAAUAGAGACAAAACUCUUGAGCUGUUGGAGGAGCAGGGGCGGAGCAUAACUGUGACUGUGGGGCGGGGCAGAGAGACAUUCUCCUGCGCUGCAGGGAACCCACUGGGAAUUGGAAAUUCAAAUGCUUUGGAGCUGCAGGUUUUGUAUCCUCCAAAAAAUGUAACGGUUUCCAUUCUUGAUGGGAAUUUGGAUCUAACAAAUGUGACUUUAAUCUGUACCUGCUUUGCAAGGCCGGCUGUAAAGAACUACACUUGGUACAGAGAUAGGCAGGGCCAAGUCACAACGUUCGAAGAACAAAGCGCGGAGAUAACUAUAAACAUUGGGCCGGAGAAGGAGCUGUAUUUCUGCUCAGCAACAAACCAGCUUGGAGUUGGUUUCUCCAGCCAUGUCGACCUGCAACAUCUAUUGGAAUCCUCCAGUUACAAACACGGUUUACUCAGUCCUACCGCGUUGGUGUCCUACUGUGUUGGAGUCAUUGGAAUCCUUAGCAUUCUGCUUAUUGUAUGCUGUAUCUGGAGAAGAAGAAAUAUCCAAUCCUCUUCAAGUAAGCAGAAAAGCAACCGUGAUAAUUCCAAACCCACUGAAGAUAUCUACAUGAACUGCUGAAGAGAAACACAUCCAUAUAUGAUGAAAUCAAGGUAGAAUAAAAAGGAGAGAUUUGACAAAUGCAUUACUUGUGUUGUCCAGACCUGUCCAAUGAUAGGGUAAAGUCUGGGUUGGACUGGGCCGCUGGGAUAAUGGAAAAAAACCCGUUGGGCCCUGAUUGGGUUUUUUUAUUCACUGCGAUUGUUUCAAAUCCUAGAAAAAGUAUAAAUUGCUAAUAUUACUAAUAUUAUUCUGCAAUAGAGUUUUUAUGUGAUAACCGUGAGAUAAGUUUUUCUGAAUUGAAUUGCAUCUCAGAUUGAACCUUAUUAGCUAGUUUUCACAUGAUAAACCUUUUUCUCACUGUACUGAAUAUGAUCCGUAUGUUAUUAGGUAUAUAUAGGUAUAUAAUACAUUUUGUGUACAUUUUUUUUGUGAAGCACUUCAGCAUUUUGCCCAAUAAAAGGAUUCCAUAAUUGAGAAUUUUAUCUUUUUGGUUUUCAGCCCCGAAUCCAUGAGCAAACAGAUUCAAAUGACCUCAAAAACUAUGGGGCUUAUUUACUAAUCCACGAAUCCAAA